UGUGCAGUUUGUUCGGCUUUUUAUUUAUUCCUACGUGAGCAGACCCACUACACUUCUUGCAUAUAAACAGUGAAAAUUACAAUAUAAAGGACUUUUUUCCCCCUCUUUUGGAGUUAUUCUGCUGCCGCUUAAAGCCAGGCUCGUCGUGCAAGGAUGGAGGACAGCCUCUGCAGGUAAUUCCACUGCUUCAAGCCUCUCCUUGCCUUCUUGCAAAGACUGCCUGGUCUCAGAUGCCACCCCACAGACCAAGUGAAUGCUGUUCUUCACUCCUCAUCCCAGAGGCUGCAGACGUGGCUCACUCUGCUCACACGUGAACUUCAGCCACAACACCAUGUUAGGGAACUCUGCCCUCUGAAUUCCUCUGAUGCCUCAGUCCUGUCCUGGUUAUAUCAUGCUGGGUUUUGUGAGUCUAUUUAAGAAGACAAGUUUUUCUCGUUGAAGAAUAGGGGAAUAGCAUGAAAGAAAAUAAUGGCCCUAAAUGAAGAAUUUUUGAUUGACAUAAACGAGGAUGUUCCCAUAGGACCAUCAUGUGUCAUCACAGAAGCAAACACCAAGGUCAUUUAUUUCUCUACCUAUUUACAUGCCAUGGAAAGAAGAUGUGUUUGACUUUCCCAUAGUUUUACAUUGAAAAUUACUGCUCUGGGAAAGGAAGUGGUAUGUUCUAGACAGUGGGAUUCUUUUGGAAUUCACACUUUGGGAGUGUGGCACUAUCCCACAAAUAGUACUUUUGAUUGUCUUUUUCUUCAAGACAGCAAAUUUCUUCUGGGUUCAGAACUGCCUCCCCUAAUUUGCCCCGAUAAACAGCCCACCAGCUUUCUUGGUAGAUUGGAUGUUUAAUAGCCUAACUCAUUGCUUAUCUAAGUAGCAAUUAUGACUGCAGUGGAAUAAUAUUUUAACUGCAGGGGAAACAUUUCAGAUAGCUCCCACGUGGAAUCUACGGGCUAGGAAUGGCUGGCAGGGCUACCUAUACUACAAUGAAUGGACCACUCCAUCCUGGCUGGCAGUUCUCCUUGUCUGAGAUGCCAUCAAUAGAAGCUACUCCAAAGACCUAAGCGAGAUGUGCCCAAGAGACGUGUAUGGUUCUAUUCCUUUCCACUGAGGUUCAAUGGCCCAGCAAAAUAUGAAAGUGAGACCUGUGCUCCUAAAGCGGAACAGCCUGGAGUCAGUGGAGCUUAUGAAACAACCCCACCACCGCAGGAGCAAAUCCCAGCAGGUGCGAUUCAAGGAAGAUGGGACCACUAAGAAUCAAACUGGCCUAACUGAGGUUGAUGUCCAAGCUCCUGAAGACCCAGCUGAGAUUGGGAAGACACAAGCAUCCAGGCACCAUCACCCUCCCACCUACUCUCUGUCCUUUCCACAGUGCCAGAAGGAAGGGGGCUUUCGGAACAUUGCAAUCCAAACCUCCCCUAGUCUCAGGAAGCAUUUCCCAGUGUUCAGAAGGAAGAAACUCAUAUCCAGCAAGUCCCUAGUGGAAAUGCCGAUAGUAUCCCAAAGUGCCAUCCAGGUCAACGGCAACUUCUCUGAACAGAACAUAGUGUCUUCUGACCUUGCCUACUUAAGGCUGGCUCAGCAUCUUGAGGAUGGCCCUCAAAGGGUCAAAGUGCCCCACUCGUUUCUCCCUAGGUUGCCCAAGUUGCAAAGCAAUGGGCCUGUUAGUAUACGCUUGGAAGCUGGGACUUGGAGGGGCUCAGAGAAAGCAACAGCUGCCAUUCAGGUCCCAGAAGAUAUCUAUCACAGUCCUUCCUGGGAAUCUAGGGAGUCCACUCUCAACCCAGACAGGUUAGCUGAAAGAAACAACUCAGUACCCCCUUUGGUUGACCUGUGUCCAGUUGAUAGGAGAAGGGCACUGAGGUCAGAUUCAGAAAGAUCCUCCUCCUGCUUAAAUGCCACCAGCAGUGCCAACAACAUGCCAGGCACAGGGAAACUCAAACUCGAAUUGCGUUUGCCCAAAGACCACUCUGAUGACAAAGGUCUUGGCCCACUGUCAUCUCAGUCAAAGGAAACAUGUGUUCCCUCACCUCCAAGGACUCACAGUUCCCCUGCACCAGGCUCCCAUAGCCAGACAGCCGAUUCAGGAAGAGCCUCAGACUAUCCUGCGUCAAGUGACAGUCACCAGAACCUGGUGUCACUCAAAACUAGCAGUGCAUCAAAAUCUGCCCCUUUGUGUCAGGAGAAGACAGCAAUGAACCCUACUCAGUCAGACACACCAGAGUUUCAGAAUUGUCCAGGAAGUGAUCAUCUCCUAUCCUCUCUUCCAAGGAGUGAGACCAAAAUUCAGAGCAACAGGGAGAUUAGUGGCAUUAAUCAGAUUCACUUGGAAAGGGGUGAACUCUGUGACCUCCAAGGCCGGCUGCAAUCUGUGGAAGAAUCUCUGCACUCAAACCAAGAGAAAAUUAAAGUCCUUCUGAAUGUAAUUCAAGACUUGGAGAAAGCUCGAGCUCUCACUGAAGGGCGCAACUUUUAUCGAACUGGCCAAGAUCUCAACAACUGCAGUACCUGCCAGAACACAGCAUGCAUCAUAUACAGUGUAGAGUAUGACUUUCGGCAGCAGGAAGGUAGGUUCCAUGAAGUUCUGCAGAGCCUGGAGGAGGUGGAACCAGCUGAGGAGUUAUCGCCACUCAAGUCCCCAGAAGAACCCCCGGCCCCUGAGAAACAAGACUUACGGCGGAAAACCAAGAAAGUGAAGAAAAAGUGCUUUUGGUGGAUCUGAGCUCACUGGGACCACCUCUUGGCCUCCCCACUCUGUUCCCUGUGAUGGGGACUCACUGACCACAAGGCCGACUCUGCUCCUUUGCAAAAGCCCCAGCUGGGAGCCCUUGACCUGUGGAACAGAAGUGCAUGGGCUCAUGUGGCCCUGCUGGACACUUGAUCGCCAGCCUUCCCUGAGUGUGUGCCACUGCUUGCUGAGCACUUCAUGGACACUGGCAUGACUACUGCUGAAUUCCCUGUCACAUGUGGUCAGGCUUCAUCCUGGUCUGUUAAGUCCAAGUUCCCCAUAAGCAAAACCCCCACUUCACUUUCUAACACCUCUGCGAGGCUAAGCCUUUCCUACUCAUCUGGGGUCCAUCAACCCAGAGGAAAAAAAGAAAGAAAUCCACGUUGUGCAGAGCAGAAAGACAGAGGAGGGUUAUAAGCAGAUACCCCUCCCCAAUUAAAUAACCUGGUAGUUUCCUAAAAAUGUCAGAAUACAUAAGCACAACAGAAGUGGGCAAGGCAUAAACUUGCAAGAGCACUCUGGUGUGUUGGGGUCAUUUUUGUUUAUAAUGAGCCCUUGAUUCCAAAUCAAGGAGCUGUCAUCUCAUGCUGUAAGGGCCAUACAGUCUGUAGCACUGCAAGGUCUCCCCAGGAUAUUUGGACUUGGUAUGCCCAUCCUGUUCGACUGGAAUUCAAAGAGGGUUUCCCAGUUGUAGUUCUUCCAGGAUCACCUAACACCAUGCAUCCUUUACUGGGGCCCGGGGCUGCCUGGAAGCGGGGAGGGUAAAUCUGGCUGGAGUCUGAAUUUUAAAGAUUUUGCAGUUAAUUUAUGUGCAACAUUGAAGAUCAUGAGAUUCUGCAGCCUGUCAGUGACAUCUUUUCAGCAACAUAAAUGAGGCUGAGAAAAACCACAACACUCCUUUUUGUUCAUUCAGCCCUUGACAGCCCUGUAGAUAGGUCCAGACAUAUAUGAAUCUAUACAGUGUCCCCUCCCAGUGACCAGACAACAGGCACCCCAUUGAAGAAGCAGCAGGACUGGGGAUGCCAUUUUCAUAUUAAAGACCUUUCUUUCCCAGUUUGAGUUCUGAGACUGGUUCAGUCUUUUGAAAAGAUCUCCACACAUAGAAGCCCAGUCAAACAUGCAUGGCUAAACAAACUUCCAAAAGUAAAUAAUUAAGUAAUUGCUACAUAUUCUUAGGGAGGAGGGAUAGGAUAGAAAGGCUGAGAGUCCUUUGCAUUAAAUUAAAUUAUCUGCCAGCCCCUGGUUGGACUGAUGCUGUCAGAAAGGGAUCCUAAAGCAAACCAUACCUUAAAUUGAGAAGGAAUCUCAUAACCCCCUUGGCUGAAGCCCCAGUGUCUCAGGCAGUGCCUCUGCAGAGCCCCGCACUCUGUGGAUAUGUGGGAUGUGCAUAUCCCACUGCAAAUUGAGACUAAUUGAGCAAACCACCCAACAGUUUCAACUUUUCCUGUCACAGCGCUGCAGAACACAAAGCUAUUUGAGGGAGAGUGAGAGGGAAACUUGGCAAGGAAUCUCGGCUUGCACUAUUUAAGUCUUGGAAUGUCAUUCAAGACAUUCUUGUUCUGUUUCUAGUGUAAUGUUUAAACCCACAAAAUGAGACCGGAAUGCAUAACAUCAAGUUAGAAUUAAGAUAAAUACACUUGUCAUACUUAAGAAACCACAUUUCAAUAAGAUAUGCUACCACUGGCUAAAAGCCACGGAUCUUUCUUCUGUAUCUAUACAACCAGCUCUCAAUUGGCCCCAGCAAUGGAAAAGAACAGCACAGAGGGUAAUCCAAUAAAGUGAAAUCAUUUAGGAUCUCUUAUGUAAUUUUAGCUUGUAGAGUUUCCAUCUUAAUUUGCUUUGCUUACACUAAUUUUGAAUGAAUUUAUAUUUUCGGGUAUCAUGCUGGAAUGAAAAUAAUCCUGCUCCUAGAAUUAAGAGACCAGGCACCAGAGCAGUCUAGUCCACUAACCUGCAGCAUAUUGCUUAAGUUUUCAGAGCCUGUUUGUUCAUUCUUGAAUGAAGAUAGGAACAUCUGUAUUGCCUACCCACCUUACAAGCUAUGUGCACCUUCUAACAUCAAAUGAGCAGACCCACUCAGACCCAAGCUGAAGCAUCUGCUCAGUUAGCGGGGAAUGAUGAGACAAAUUGCAGGUAACUCACACAAAAUUAAGAAGCCUAUGUAAUCACACACAUAUGAUGAAUUGGGGGCCUCACCUAAACUCUUAACAGAAUUAAAUAAAAUUGGGAUUGGAAAUUAUUGACAUUUCUAGAAAUAAAACCAACCAAGGCUAUAAUGAUUCCAUACCAAAGCACAACACUGGAUUACUUGGACCACCUACCUGUAACUGGGAAAGAGGUCCCUUCUGAAAACUGAACCUUUAUAAUCAAUAUGAGGAAAAAAGCAUUUGAUAAAUACCUUCUUGCUGAACACAAAGGAUUGUUUCUAUGUUUAAAAAUCCACACAUACAUGUACCAAAACUCUACUCAUCUACUCAUGUGAAAACUGCUGCUUCAUUGUAAAAUAUUAUGAAACAUCUACCACGAUACUCUAUAGAAAUGCUAUACUGGAGGUUAUACGGUUUUAUGGAGAGAGAUUAAUUUAGCAAAAAUUACUUUUAUAAAAUUGAAGGGGAAAAUAUUGAUAUAUCAACUUAAAUUAUGGGAGUUUAUGUAGCUGCUUUCUCUGUAGUUAAAAAAUGUGUACUCACUAUCCUUGGAACUUAAUACCAGCUCAUCUGUAGAGCACCUUCUUAUAGACAAUGUACUAAUAAUAUAAGGUUUUGUAAAUUUCUAAACUGUUUUA